AUGCUGCCACAAGGCCGCGGCGACGGCGUUCGUCCUCCGGCCUGCACGCCUUAUAAGGGCGUAAAUACACGAUACCGUAGUGAAGCCAAACGGCACCUCCUGCUGUGGUAUGAUAGCACCGACUCUUACGGGAAGUUCGACGACCAGCAUAAAAAAAGGACACAGGCUAGCAGAGGCCAGGCACAAUUGGGCAGCGCCGGUCGGAUUGGCGAAACGAUACGCGGAAGCGGGCGAAGCGUUGCGGCUCGCGCCACGCUAUCGGUCGCCAUCGGUAUCUGGCCGCGUUAUCGCGCGGGCACCUCGACGAAGGUCUGCCGGAGGUCACGCGCUGACGUCACGCUGAUAACGAUUUGCGCGGUGACCUUGUCGCGCGCGCCGAAUCUCAAGGUUGCCGCUAUUUGUACAGUC